AUGGCACACGAUGACAAGCAUCACUUCGGCGAAGGACGAAUGAUGGAAGAUCUCAGCACGUAUCAGAUGUCACGCAAGACAUUUCGGGUCAAGAAAUACGUGGCGCACUGUCCGGCGUGUAAAGUCAACACCACCGACCGUUCCAAGCCCAAUGGCGACUAUCAGCCUAUUCGUCCCGAAGACUCCUUGCCCAUGCGAAGCUUUGCUAUCGACUACAUUGUGAGAUUACCUAAAGUCUCCUCUGCAUGCACUCUGUGGCAAUUACAAGGCAAGGACAAGGACUACUACGAUACGCUGAUGACGUUCACCUCAAGGUUCUGGAAAGGACUCUGGAAGUCUCUCGGCACCCGUCUACUCAUGACGACCGCCUAUCACCCGCAAGGAGACGGCGCUUCUGAACAAAAGAACCAGACCGUUGAAAUUGCUAUCCGAUAUCAUCAUUUCAUGCACCCCGAACUGAAUUGGGUGGAUCUCAUGCCCCAACUGCAAUGGAAUCUCAACUCAGCGUACACCGAUUUGACCAAAUCUUCCGUGCAUGAACAACUCUUCGGAUACAAACUUCGUGGACCGAACGACGCCACUCGGAUCAACACGGACUCGUUUGGAAGGGUUCGAUUCCUUCGCGACCAUCUCCGCAAAGACGCUGAACUGGCCAUGGACUUUGCUUCAGCCAGACACAAGCGUCUAUACGACAAUAAACACAAGAUAAUCGAGUUCAGAGAAGGAGACGAGGUCUAUCUUCGCCUUUACAAAGGAUAUCAUCUUCCUGGCCAUCCUCUGCACAAGUACUCACAACAACGCGCUGGCCCUUGGAAAGUCAAGAAGCGAGUCGGACGCCUCGCGUACGAAAUCGAUCUCCCUGACAUCAUCGGCGUUCAUCCCGUCAUCUCGGUAGCCCAGCUGUCACCCGGACCAGACGGCGAAGACCCUUUUCACCGAACAGUACCUCCUCCUGGUCCUGUAGAAGCUGAAGAAGAUGACAAUCCAGACGGCGAUCCAGGCGAUUUGUACGAGAUUGAGAUCAUCCUCAAGCACGAACUCAACGCCAAGAAGAUCGACUUCAAAUACCUGAUCAAGUGGAAAGGCUACGGUCACGACGUCAACGGUUGGAAGACAGAACGCCAGCUACGAAAGUCUCCACUGCUUCUGGAAGAGUACUGGCAACGUCAAGGAGGACGAAUCACUAUUCAGGAAGCCAUUCGUGCAACGAACAAGCUCGUUCCGAAUGCUAUCAAGAACCCCGUCAAGGCUGACACCACGUCCGAUACUCCCGCUGCAGAUAACGCACCUAUUAAGCGUCCCCGCGGCAGACCUCGCAAGGACACUACACCCGUCCCCGCUCCGAUAACUGGCACGAGGAAGAGCACCCGCGUGCGUCAACAGGUGGACAAGAUGUAG